GCGAGUACAUCGACAAAAAUUUACGGCAGUGAGGGGCAAGAAAAGACGUGGUGCAGGGAACUCAUAGGUGCUUACCUGAAGCCCAAAUUGAAUUGCGUUUUAACGUGGGAAUGCGUCUAUUUUAUUCGAAGAAGCGGGUCGAUUAAAGACUCCUCACUUGAAGAAACUGGCUUCCGUUGUUUCCUUUUAUAACUUGUAGCUCUGAUCUGAAUGAGGUGGAAUGGCUGCAGUGCCGACGGGGCCUAGCGGUGCAUUGCCAGCAUCCCCGGUCGAAAUUAUUCCCUUCCCCGGGGAUGGAUGCGCUGGACCUGGGGAAGGGGAGAAACGCGUGAUAAAGAAGGAAUCGGUUAUUUCCAACGUUGGGAAAGAAGGAGAUAUCAGUGAAUGUAAACGAGAGCGAGAGAAUAACCAGAGGUACUUGUUCUCGGAGAUACACCCCCACUGUCCAACGUUAGACCGGCAAGUGAACGGUUUAAAUUGUUUUGGUGUGGACGGCUUUACGCAAAACUACGAGGACGGCAGCCUUGAAGAACUAAGACUGGUAAUGGACCACUGUGACAAGCAUAUAGGAGUUGCAAAGAACAAUUCAAAUAGCGUUCAAAAUAAUAACGACCGAGAGCAGCGAGAUCACCGGCUCCGUUUUCCUUGCUACGAUAUGAACACAAACAGUGACAGCAGCAUUCACGGAGUCCUUAAAUUAUCCCGAACUGAUGGCAGUCCAAGCCAUUCAAGUAUUGGAGAUGAAAUUGGUAGUAAAAACUCAAGUGUGAUCGCAGAAUGUUGUCCGAGGCCUGACGAAAGGCCUGGAGUAAUAUCUCAAACGGGGGCUGAUGUACCAUUGGAGGAGCUGUCCAGACUAGACUUGAACCACUCGUUCCUCAGAGAAACGAGGCGAAGUGAAGAGAUUAAUUAUGUGCGUUAUGAAUCCGAACUUCAAAUGCCAGGCAUUAUGAGACUUAUAACCAAGGAUUUGUCCGAGCCUUACUCUAUAUAUACGUACCGGUACUUUAUCCACAACUGGCCUCAGCUCUGCUUUCUGGCGAUGGUAGAGGAGGAGUGUGUGGGGGCUAUUGUGUGUAAGCUAGACAUGCACAAGAAGAUGUUCCGGCGUGGGUACAUCGCCAUGCUUGCCGUGGACUCCAAACAUCGUCGAAAAAGCAUUGGUACUAACCUUGUUAAGAAAGCCAUCUAUGCUAUGGUGGAAGGAGACUGUGAUGAGGUGGUGCUGGAGACAGAGAUCACAAACAAAUCUGCCCUGAAGCUGUAUGAGAACUUGGGUUUUGUGAGGGACAAGCGGCUCUUCAGAUAUUAUCUCAACGGCGUGGAUGCUUUGCGGCUCAAGCUGUGGCUACGCUAAGCUCUGUCCCUGUCAGAUGUUGUUUUCCUUCAACAGGCUAACAGUUAACAGCAGACUUCACAAAUUCUGUAGCCCUGGGGCUCAGAUACUCAAGGCCACAUUUGUCUUUGCUGGUCAAGCAAACUGAAGGACUAUAUAUAUAUC